AGUUAACUGCAUUCGGAUCAGGUGGAAAGUCAGCUGAUUCCAGCAUAAACAGGAAAGGGAAGUCAUACUUCACCAAACUAUUCAUCUCAAACAACUAUCUCAUUCGUGUCCGUGUUUUAUUUACUAACAAAAGGCGUAACGCUCGGAAGAUGUUCGGGGGGGACGAUGAAGAGGGGGACUUCUUGUCUCCCACAGGAGGGGCCAAGUUGGCCUCCCUGUUUGGACUAGACCAGGAAGGCAGUCAGGGCAACGAGUCCUUCCAGUAUACAGCACCGAAACAGCCGAGAAAGAUCUCCAGUCCAGCGCCAGCCGGCCAGAAACCAGCCCCCUCCUCGGCUGCUCCUGCAGUGUUGUUUGCUACAGCAGUGCAGGCCUUCAGAUAUAUGAACGGACAGUAUGUGAAGAAAGGGAAGCUUGGAGCAGCCGUGCUGGGAAACCACACAACAAAAGAGUACAAGGUGCUUCUGUACCUGAGUCAACAGAAACAAGUGACCGCCGCCAAGAUCCACAUCGGCUUUGUUUUCACGGUACAGCCAAACAAUUACUGCACUUUUUAUGACGACCAGAGGCAGAACUGGUCCCUAAUGUUUGAAUCCGACAAGGCUUCAUGGGACUUCUGCAAAGAGGUGUGUUUGGCCAAAGUGAACAGUGAGGUCGCAUUGGAGGCCGUGGUGGUUCAGGAUCUGGGUCUUGGUGACGGUCAGGCGGUGGAGAAUGGAGACUCGUUGGAGGUGGUGUACACAGGCUGGCUCCUGCAGAACCACACCAUUGGCCAGAUGUUCGACUCUAACCAGAACAAGGACAAGUUGCUGCGACUGAAAGUAGGAGCUGGGAAAGUGAUUAAGGGCUGGGAGGAAGGGAUGCUCGGGUUAAAGAAGGCCGGCCGCCGUCUCGUAGUCGUCCCACCCAACCAAGCGUACGGAUCCAAAGGAGUCCCCAACCGCGUGCCGGCAAACAGCACCCUGGUUUUUGAAACCGAGCUUCGACGGGUAAAAUUUUCCAAAGACAAUGGGUCUGUUAGUGGCAGUGCCAGCUCCAGAAGCUCUGCUGCUCCCUCCCCUGCCCCCAGUGUGGAAAAUCUGGCCCCAGACCCCCCAGUGCAGACCCCAUCCUCCGGUCCUGGCAGACCAUGUGAAGCACCACUUCGUCCAAAGUCCAACUCCCUCAGUGAACAGUUGGCAAAUCCAGACGCCACGAAGGCCAAGCUGAUCUCUCGCAUGGCGAAGAUGGGCCAACCCAUGUUGCCCUUUCUGACCGGCGGAGCCAGCCAGCCCGAAUCCAGUGAUUCUGAACUUGAGGACACCAGUGGCAGCAGAGUAAAGGAUCCGCCUGCCGCUCCAUCUCCAGUGCAGAUCUCCACUUCGGCUCAAGCUGCAGCACAUGUAAAUCCUCAUCAUUACACUGCACCACCGUCUGCCUUGCAUCCACUAAUGUCCACUGCUGUCCCACAGCCUGCGCUGCCGGGCAGCAGCCAUGCCUUUCAGGCUUACUCUGUUGCUCCAUCUCAGCUGCAGCCUGUGGGCCAUGUGUACCCUGCACAAACUAUCCCAUACAUGGGCUCCAGUGAUGUCACGUCUUUCCUGAUGACUGAGGCCCGGCAACACAACACAGAAAUCCGGUUAUCUGUUGGAAAAGUAGCCGAUAAAGUUGAACAACUGGCCUUAAAGAUAGAUGACCUUCAAAGGCAGGGAAGUGUUUCCAAUGGUGUUCCUAAUAUGUCAAUGGAAACCUCCAUGAUCAUGCACAACAUCCAGAGGAUUGUCCAGGAAAACGAAUGCUUAAAAAAGGAAGUCUUUGAGAAAAGCUCUCGCAUUGAGGAGCAAAACCGUAAGAUUGGAGAGCUCAUCAACCAUAACCAGAGGUAUGUGGAGCAGAGUAACCUGCUGCUGGAACAGAGAAGCGACUCCCUCAAGUCCUCCAGCGAACACAACCAGGCCCGACUGCUGCAGGCUGAGCAGGACAAGGUCCGUCUCACAGAGGAUCUGGCCUCGACCACAGCCCAGGUGUCUCAGCUGCAGCUGGAAGCUACGGCUCAGCAGCAGAAGGCCUCGGUGCUGCAGAGUGAGCUGAGCACAGCGCAACACGACAACGAGAGGCACAGACGACACAUCUGUACCAUGGAAACACAGCUGGAAGAGCUGAAGGGGGCAGCAGAGAGCCUUCAGGCUCAGUACCGCUCAGAGAAGCAAAGACGCAAAGAGAUGGAGCUCAGAGUCAACAACCUGGAGGAGGAACUGCUGGACCUAAAGACUGACAAAGAGAGCCUAGAACGAAUGUUCUCAGAGAGAAAGAACAAGUGGCAGGCUGAGCGUCAGCGCCGAGCUGAGGAGGGGGAGGAGCUUCGUAGGAGCAGCCAGCAGGAGGUGGACAACCUUCGAGCUCAACUCCACAAUGCCAGGACGAGUACUGACAGCACGACAUCGGACCAGUUGUCUCAGCUGGAGGAGGACUGGAAGGGGAAGUGUGAGCAGAUGCUGACCUCUGCUAGAGAGCAGCACAGUCGGGAACUGACGGAGCUGACGGAGCACAGAGAUGCUCUGCAGGACCAGCUUACAGAGCUACAGGCAAAGUUUACAGCUCUAAAGCAGUCAAGAUAUUUAGAGGAAAAGACUUUGCUACAACACCACGGGCAAACCGAAGAGCUGCAAGCCCUUCAGAAAAAAUACACAGCCUUGGAGCAGCAAGGAGUAGCUGUAAAGGAGAAGCUGGAAGGACGAGUGGCUGAACUGGAGAUGAGGCAGGCAGAGAAGGACAGUUCAGGAGACACUGCAGCAGAGGUGAAGCGUGUGAUGAAUGGAGUGUUUCACUCUCUGCGGGCGGAGUUUGACCUCGCAGAAUCUUACAGUGGCCAAACUGUGCUGGGGCUUAUAGUCACAACUAUUAAGAAUGUAACCCUGCAGCUUCUGGUUGGCACUGACAGAGCUUUACUGAGACACAGUAAGGACGAAGAGGAAGAAGAAAGUGCUGACGUGAAAGGCACACAGGAGACUGUACUGAAUGUACAUAUGAAUGGUGACGAAGGAGUCCGAGAAGAAAAACACAAUGAGGCUGAUUUAGUUCCCCUCAAAGUCAGUGAGACCCAGAUGGAUCAGGGAGGAGCAGCAGAGAAGGAGACACUAACUGAGUCACAAAGCCAUGCGGAAGCCUUAAAGGUCACUGAACCAAAACAGCAGGAGACUGCCGAGUCUGGAGUCCUGCGGGAGACUGCCGAGUCUGGAGUCCUGCGGGAGACUGCCGAGUCUGGAGUCCUGCGGGAGACUGCCGAGUCUGGAGUCCUGCGGGAGACUGCCGAGUCUGGAGUCCUGCGGGAGACUGCCGAGUCUGGAGUCCUGCGGGAGACUGCCGAGCCUGGAGUCCUGCGGGAGACUGCCGAGCCUGGAGUCCUGCGGGAGACUGCCGAGCCUGGAGUCCUGCGGGAGACUGCCGAGCCUGGAGUCCUGCGGGAGACUGCCGAGCCUGGAGUCCUGCGGGAGACUGCCGAGCCUGGAGUCCUGCGGGAGACUGCCGAGCCUGGAGUCCUGCGGGAGACUGCCGAGCCUGGAGUCCUGCGGGAGACUGCCGAGCCUGGAGUCCUGCGGGAGACUGCCGAGCCUGGAGUCCUGCGGGAGACUGCCGAGUCUGGAGUCCUGCGGGAGACUGCCGAGCCUGGAGUCCUGCGGGAGACUGCCGAGCCUGGAGUCCUGCCGGAGACUGCCGAGCCUGGAGUCCUGCCGGAGACUGCCGAGCCUGGAGUCCUGCCGGAGACUGCCGAGCCUGGAGUCCUGCCGGAGACUGCCGAGCCUGGAGUCCUGCCGGAGACUGCCGAGCCUGGAGUCCUGCCGGAGACUGCCGCGUCUGGAGUCACUAUGGAGGGAAAACCACUUGAUGAUGGACAGGAAACUGUGUCUGAAAGAAGUGGAGACCAUGAAGAAGAAAUGCAUGGGGCUUCUCAGAAAGCCUUUGGACCUCCUGCCAACCCUCCUCCCCCCCCAAACCACUCAAGAGAGGACACGAGUCAGACUGGGAGAGUGGGUGAGGAAAAUGGAGAGGAGCCAUUUUUCCAGAUCACAACUGCUGCCAAACGCCCUGCAGCACCAAGCGAGGAGGAAGAGGAGGAUGAGAUGAGCUUAAAGGGGCGCCACCCCCCUGCCCUUCUCUUUGGUGACGACGAUGAGGAGGAUAAUGACCUGGACUGGCUGAACUAAUCUAAUGCUGUGUGAUGGAGAAGUGAAGACCAAAAUGGACCUGAUUUGACCGAGACGGCGGGCUGAUUAGACAGCUGCUGCCACAGGGAUGAGUCCAGACUUUAAUUGAAUGAAUCAAAACAAAUACGUUUGAUUAACGAUAGGCUUUCUGUUGGUUAUGGAUGUCAAUCCCUGUUUUUACAUUGCACUGUAGCGGAAUCAGUCUGUUGAGUCAGCUGGAAUCCUGUUUUAAUUAUUAGCUGCUUCCCCUUAGAACUUUUUUGCUAACAUGAAAUUCCUUCCAUCAAAUAAAUUACAUUUAAAUUGUGGUCUUGGCUUUAUUGUUCCAUUGGCCAGUUUGUUGUGUGUAAAAAUAACGGUUUCUUUUGUCUGCAGUAAUUUCAAGAAAUCUUUGAUAAAUAAAUAAAUGUAGUCCAUAUAA